AUGUCUUUCAACGACAACGACAACUCCAACUACGGGAGGAACGACUCGGGCCUCCGCCGCGGACAAGACACCUACGGGAGCGGCGGCAAUGACUCCUCUCUCGGAGACAGCCAGCGCACCGGCGGCGGCUUCGGCGGCGACUCCCUCUCCUCUUCCAACCGCAGGGACGACAGCGGCCUCGGAGGGUCCACUGGCUCCGACUCCUACGGCACCGGGCGCAACACCGGCUCCGACUCUUACGGCUCGGGCGGUGACACCCUAGGCAGCUCUGGUCGCACUGGCGGUGGCCUGGAUGACACCCUCGGCUCGUCUGGCCGCAACACUGACAGCGGCUUCGGCUCGAGCCGGAGGGACGACGACAACCUGGGCAGCUCUGGCCGCACCGGUGGCAUCGGCUCGGACUCCUACGGAUCGGGUGGAGAUAACCUUGGUAGCUCCGGGCGCACUGGUGGCAUUGGGUCUGACACCUACGGCUCAGGCGGGGACACCCUCGGCAGCUCAGGCCGUAACACGGACAGUGGCUUUGGCUUGAGCCGCAGGGAUGAUGAUGACAACCUGGGCAGCACUGGGCGCACCGGCGGCAUUGGCUCCGACUCUUAUGGUUCGGGUGGAGACACGCUCGGUAGCUCAGGCCGCACCGGUGGUGUCGGUUCCGACACCUACGGCUCCGGGCGCGAUGACACGCUCGGCUCGUCCGGCCGCAACACCGACAGCGGGUUCGGAGGCAGCUCCGGGACCACCGGGCUCGGCUCCAGCGGUGUCGGCUCCGACUCGUACGGCAGCAGCGGGACCCACGGCACGUCGCACGGGCGCGACAACGACUCGUACGGCAGCAGCGGCAAGACCGGCAGCGGCGGGAAGGACUCUACGUUUGGCAAGAUCCUCGAGAAGGCUGGCGAUGUCCUGAACAACGAGAAGCUGGAGCAGAAGGGACGUGAGAAGAGGGAGGGUGCUGGACAAGGCUCCUCGAACGAUUACUAG